UGUAUCGGCUGGACUCCGAAUAUUGUUCUUCUUCUGCUUGUACUUCUGCUGAAAAGUUACUUUUAUUGUAGAUACUUAUACUUAUUAAUAAUAUGGCGAGCUACAGUUUAUUUUGGAUGUUAUUGCUAAAGAAUAAUUGGAAAUUGAUCAGUAAUGAUUUUGUUAUUUAUCUGUGGACUUUAGCUGUGACUGUCAUACGUAUUUACUGGAUAUUUUUUGUUCCACUCGUAUGGAAAAAGGAUCUGGACAACGAAAAAUGUUCAUUUUUAAGGAAAACAGAAAAUGCCGUUGGCGGCUACAAUCCUAAACGAGAUACUAUAAAUCGACUAAGAAAAUUAAAAAUUCAAAAAAUCACCGAACUACCUCCCCCUUAUCCGAAUGGUUGGUAUGGUAUCCUCAAAUCGUCUCAGCUUAAAGCUGGAGAAGCAACUUGUGUAUCAUGCUUGGGGGAAGAUCUAGUCAUCUUUCGUACAAAGAAAAAUAUCGUUUUUAUUCUGGAUGCUUAUUGCCCUCACUUAGGAGCUAACUUGGGUAUUGGUGGAAGCGUUGCUGACGACUGUGUAAUAUGCCCUUUUCAUCAAUGGAAAUUUCGGGGUACAGACGGACUAUGCAUAAAUAUUCCAUAUAGCACAUCAGUUCCUAAAGGAUCGAAAGUAAAAAAGUGGAUUUCGCAAGAAGUGGACGGCUUUAUAUUUAUUUGGUAUCAUGCUGAACAAACAGAAUUACCUUGGGAUCUUCGUGAACCUAUGGGAGAGAUUGACGAUGCAUUUGUCUAUCAUGGACACAAUGAGUUUUACAUUAAUUGCCAUAUACAAGAAAUUCCGGAAAAUGGCGCUGAUAUUGCGCACUUUAAUGCUAUUCACAAGAAAAAUUUUAUUAAUGGCAGUUGGGUUCAAAAGAAAAGAUUAUUUGGACUUGGAUCUCAUCAUUGGAAAGCGAGGUGGUCCCCAUUGGUUGGAAAAUUAAAAUACUUGGCGGAAGUUAACCUAAAUCAUUAUUUUAAACUAUUUGGAAAGUUCGACUGUUUUCGUAUGGAAGUUUCUGGCAAACAGAUUGGACCAUCAAUCGUGUGCCUCGAAGUUAAUUCAUAUACAUUUGGAAAAAUUAAAGUUGUUCAAUAUAUUACACCAAUCGAACCUUUGUUGCAAAAAGUUGUUCAUGAGUUUUACGGUCCUCGUUGGAUUGCGCCACUUAUGAAAAUAUUUAUUUAUGGAGAAAGUCUCAUGUUCGAACGCGAUAUUAGCAUAUGGAAUCAUAAAGUAUUUCAUCGGAAUCCUAUCUUAGCUAAGGAAGAUGCCUCGAUAAAGAAGUUUAGGCUGUGGUUCUCACAAUUUUAUUCAUCGAACAGCAAAUUAUAUUCUGAAACAACCAAUAUAGUUUUUUUCGGCAUUUUAUACUGGAAAUUUCUCCGGACACAGAUUGUCAGCAGGACAAGCAUGGCUUUGAGACUGACGGCUAAGUGGAUAUGGUGUUAGAGGCUAACGAAGGCUGGUGAAGUCGUGGCGAGGUGUCUCCCCUCGCCGUUGCCUUCCUGGUGGUGCCACAUGCUCCGAACUUUAAGGACCAGGACAUAUUUUCGGUACCAUCGCUGCAAGCCUGAUAAAACAAGCCGCCAUCGCCGCAAGCAACUGAGACCACCCUGGUCCGGGGUUCGGAAGGUGAGAGCAGGUGUCCGGGAGGGAGAGCCUCUCCGAUACUUGGGUCCUGGCUGAGAGCUCCAAGAGGCCGUGAGUUCAUCCCGGCAUCGGUUCGGUGAGGACACUCCCCAGCUUUUAUGCGUUGGUGCAGAUGCCGGACGUAGCUCUGUACAAAUUGGGAGCAUUUCAUCAUCAGCAAGCAAUAUAGGAACGAAAAGUUUCACCAAGUGACCGCGUCCUCAUGAAUGAAUUGGUUCAAUCGUUGAACACGUGGGUCAAAUUUGGAGAUUUCACGAACUUUUUCAAUUAUUUUUUUUUGGUACUCAGUCGGUAACAAAGACUCUUCAAAAAUAAUGGUCUGUCGAGGACAAUGAUUCAACCUGUCUCUGAACUUGUUCUGGAUUUGAGUUAAGCGGUUCUUCACGGGGUCGCGGAUCGAAAAUUGUAAUCGAUAGUCAGUAUUAUUUAUAAGUGAACUUAUGUUGUGAACCAGUUUAAAUGCGAUCGGAUUUGUUAGCUAAAUGUGUGCAGACACUGUUUUUCGCCAUCGCAAUUUUGGAAAUUAGCCGGAAAAACUUGGCAUUUUCAUUGUCGUGUGAAAGUCUGGACGACACACUGCGGUGAGCUAGAGUUAAGUUAGUUCUAAAUGUUAAAAUCAUGAAUUCUUUCAAAAUAAAAUAGAAUCAAAUCGUGAA